GUAGUAGAAGUAGUAGUUAAUAUGCAGCAAUAACAUUGUUGAAUCCCUACAAUUUCAUUUUUACCUAUCCAAACCAAAUCAUGUCUCAACUCUCACAGGUAACCGCCCCUCCCCUUCUCUAAUGCUCUUCUCCCCACCCAGAUUCGCCCUUUUCCCCUCUUUUUUACCACAACCAUGAGCGUUCCUCCGCCGUCUACGGCGGCGAUGUGGACGCCGUUCACGGCGGCCCAGUGGCACGAGCUGGAGCAUCAGGCCCUCAUCUUCAAGUACCUUAAGGCGGGGCUCUCCGUUCCCCCCGACCUCCUUCUCCCCAUCCGCAAGAGCCUCCAAUUCAUGGCACACCCAUCUCUUGGGGGGUACUAUGGGAAGAAGAUAGACCCUGAACCUGGUCGGUGCAGGAGAACCGAUGGGAAGAAGUGGAGGUGCUCGAGGGAUGCUCACCCUGACUCCAAGUACUGCGACCGUCAUAUGAUACGACGUCGUUACCGUUCAAGAAAGCCUGUGGAAUCUCAACCUCACUCUUCUUCUGCUUCUUCAAACCCUGUUGCUGCUUCUGCUUCUGCUGCUUCCUCUGCAACGGGUUCUGCCGCCACUUCUGCAGCUGGUUCUGCUGCUGCAUCUGCAGCAACCCUCAACACCCUUCCUUUGCAUACCAAUGGUGCCCGGGAGGGUUUCACUUUCACCCUUGGGAACAGCGCCACCACUACCGCGCCCACACUCUCCCACCUUCACAUGGACCCCCUCACUCUUUCAGGUGACAACACCAAGAAAACUUACAGGUUUGGACUGAACUCAGAAGCAGAUGAACACGUCUUACAGAAAGAUCUGGGAAGUGUGAGAUAUCAAGGUUAUGACUUCACCUCAGACAGCAUGUGGUCUCAUAUGUCUCCAAUUCCAUCAAGUACUGUUUCGGAAUCAAGAAGUGGUUCUACCAUGCUGGGCAACUGCUUCCAACAGCAAACAAUGCGAGAUGCCGAUCUGUUGAAUCUGGAAACUGCAAGGACCAAAGACCUUAUCUUUAGUAGCCAGUUAAGUUCAGGAGGGAGUUUGAAACAGGAAUAUCAGUCUCCCCAGUCUCUCUUCAGUGACUGGGACUGGAAGAAGGAUUUAAGUUCCUCUGCCAUUGAGUAUAGACCCAACAAGGAUUUUAACUGCAACCCAGAUGUGAAUGUUGAUUAAAAUGGUUCUUUACAAGGCUUGGAAGGAGUGUUUUGUGUCUUGAUGUGUCCAGCAUCCAGCGAAGGAAACAUUUGAAUCAGGAAGUGGUCCCCCACCCUUUGUUUUUUCCCCCCAAUCCAUGGAAAAUAGAAGUGAGACAGCCGAGGAAUGAUGUUUUAAUUUGGUGUUGUUCUCUUAUAUAUCUUAAAUACUUGAUACUUGAAUGAGUUAUGCGUUCUUUACAUGUAAACUUGUAAUAUUUGUGUUUUGAUUAGUGUAAUGACAUUUAGUUUGAGUGGUGUGUUGGUAAUGAUUGUUAGAGAGAUUAUGGUAUUUUUAAUGA